AUGUCUUCAUCAAAUACACAUGUCAAUAGUGAACUACCACGAAACAAUAUCAUAUUUCCAUGUUUUAUUAUUACAGUUACGAAUUAUCCUCAUUUGAUACAACCAAUACAACAAUAUCAAAUACCAAAUCAGUAUUCACAACGACCAUAUCAGGGAGCAGUACUUAUACCAGGUGUACCCGUUCAUUUUGGAACCAAUCGUACUGAAGAACAUGAACGAUUAUUACGUAAUACACUACGAUUCCGAAUCCAAGAAAUUAUGCAAGAUUAUCUUCGAUUAUCUAUACGACCAUCUCCAUUUCAUCUGAUUUUCCAUAUAUCUGAAAUGCGAUCAACUACUUAA